UGUAACAUUUUGAUUUUAAUAUAAAUACAAAUUCUUUCUUGGGCGUGGCUUACUGUGAACACACCCAGAAACCCUAUUCUUUGUCUCGUUCAAAUGGUGUUGACAUGGUAUCAGAGCAGGUCCAUAUGAUCUGGGUUUGAUUCUUGACAUUCAAAGGGAGAUUUAAGGACUACAGAUUGACUGCUGUGUACUUCUCUACGAGACUUUUGGAGCUGUAUUGAUCAGUCAUCAGUACGAAGCUUCACCUUUUUCUCAGGAAAUCGCAGGUCAGAUCUGUAUUUUCUCUCUUUCUCUCCUUUGGACCGUUGGAUCUGGCUAGGAAUGUGGAUUCUAUGUCGCUCUAGCCUUCUUCUCUUUCAGACUAUCAGAUCUGGUCUUGUUUUCAGUCGAAUCUUGUAGGGUUUUGAUCCCUCUCUUCCUGCUGACAGUGCUAAAAGUUGCCUUUUUUGGACUGAUACAUAUUGUUUCUUGGUUAUUUGGGUUUUCCUCUAGAGAAGUGAGGGAUUUUGGUGCUUGUGCUUCUUCUCCUUGCUGGUUCGUCUUGUAGUGUCCUUGUUUGUUGGUGAAAACACUGUUUUAAUGGCUUCGAACAGGAAAGGAAUGCUACCAGUUAAGUUCAAUGGAAGUAACUACACAUUAUGGAAGUUUCAUGUUGAGUUUUUAUGGAAGGACAAGGAUUGUGGGGCUACAUUGAUGGUUCAAUACCUAAACUAGGUGAAUCUGAUGGUAAGGGGCUGAAACAAUGGAAAUUUGACAAUGCUAAAAUUGUUUUGUGGUUUCUUGGAUCGAUUGGGACAGAUAUUGCCAUUCCGAUGAGAGGUCUAAGGAUGGCUAAGGAGAUUUUUUAUUAUAUGGAGAAGGUUUAUCAGCAAUCAAAUCUAUCUAGACAGUACCAGAUUGAAACUGAAAUCUUCUCCUACAAUCAAGGGGAGAAAGACAAUAUAGGAAUACCAUGCUGGGUUUGUAAACUUGUGGACUAAAUAUGAAUUGGUCCAUCUGGGACAAUCUUUGACAGCUUAUUGUGUCAGCAAUGAAAGACUAUGUUGAUAAUAAAAAGAUUAUGCACUUGAGACCUAAAUUUGAGGCGAUUAGGUCGCACUACACCUAAUCUUGAUUCUAUCUUGGGAGAGCUUCUUAGAGAAGAAACAAGAAUGAUUACUCGGUCCACCAUUGAUGGGAAGCAUGACAUUGGUGCUGAAACUGUCUUUCUUGCUAAUGAGUCCAAACUCAAAAGGGACUUGUCUCGGGUUCAGUAUUAUGAGUGUAAGGAAUUUGGCCAUGUAGUUUCCCACUGCAAAAAGAAGAACACAUGUACCUAUUAUAAACAACAAGGACACAUUAUCACUGAGUGUCCCACUCGACCACUUAAGGGACAUGCAUCAACCCCAAAGAAGAAUCUGCACAAAGCCUAUCGGUCUACUCUUGAGGGUCCAGAUGAUGCAUUUGUUUCUUUCCAGACUUCAGCUAAGGGAGAGUCCUCUAGUGCCCUGACUGAGGAAAAGAUGCGGCAAUUGGUAUCUACUACAAUUUCUUCUGCAUUUUCAGCCAUUGGUCUGUCUGGUAAGUCAUCACCUCAUUGUCCUAACCGAAGCCACCUUUGGAUAUUUGAUUCAGGUGCCUCAGAUCAUAUGACAGGGGCAUAUUCUGGACCGGCACACUGAGAUAGUGAAGGGGAAGGGGCAUAGGCUUGGCCGGUUAUUUGCUCUAGAAGUCAAGAAUAUGAAGACACCAUCUACCUCACCUUGUUUGCUUUCUAAUUCUUCUAAUUC